AUGGAUCAGCCUUUCAGUGCUCUCAAUGGUUCUACUUAUAAGGGUUCCAAAUUUCUUAGUCCUGUGGCCGAUAUGGCUGGUCUACCAAUUGAUCAAUUUAAUUUUCUCUUCUCGGAAGUCUUAGCCUUAAUUCUUGCAGUGUGUUUCCGAAGUUUCCUACCACCAAAACCUAGCAAUACAACCUUAAGACACGUUAUCGCUAGUUUUCUUGGUAUUGCUCUUGGUUACUUCUGUUUUGGUCCACAAAUCUGGCAUCUCAUUGCGCAAUCAUCGAUUGUCUACCUUUUGCUCUACAUGGUUCCUCCAAAACAUUCCUAUCUGGUCAUAUUUGUCUUUUGUAUGGUCUAUAUGAGUGCUGUUCAUAUACACCGAGUAAUCUAUGACUACGGCAAUUAUACGCUUGACAUCAGUGGACCAUUGAUGAUCAAUACACAAAAAUUGACAGCAUUUGCGUUCGCAUUCUAUGACGGUUAUCGUUCAAAUGAACGAUCGAAACGUCGACGACCAGAUGAAGACAGUGAACAUCCGCCGCUUAGUGAAGAUCAAGAAAAACAAAAGAUUACUGAAAUUCCCAGCCCAAUCGAAUAUCUUAGCUACAUAUUUUACUUUCAUGGCAUCUGUGUAGGUCCACUAUGUUUUUACAAAGAUUAUCGCGAUUUCAUCGAGGGAAAAAAUUUACUCGUGAUACCUACAAGUGGCUCGACAACUAGUAAAACUCCGGAAGAACAACAUGUUUCACCGAUUGAGCAACCGUCAACAUUUUGGCCUGUGCUAACUAAACUUGCACAAUGCGGCAUCUGGGGCUAUGUCUUGAUUGUUUACACUCCACAUUAUCCAGUUGAAUCUAAUUUGAGCCAAGAAAUGGUAAACUCACCACUCUACAAACGAACCGUGUACCUUCUAUUUACAACAUUCUGUUCACGAGUGAAAUAUUACUUCGCAUUCAUUCUAUCGGAAGCCAUCAAUAACGCUGCAGGUCUUGGUUUUAACGGUUAUGACAAGAAUGGCAUACCAAAAUGGAAUCUUUUGACGAAUGUCAAACCACUCCAACUGGAAAUGGCGACUAGUUUGAAAGUUGUCAUUGAUGUUUGGAAUAUGCAGACGGCUCUUUGGCUUCGACGCGUUUGCUACGAUCGUUUACAUAAGGGCCGAACAUUAGGUGUUUUUGUCCUCUCUGCACUUUGGCAUGGUUUCUAUCCAGGUUAUUAUGUUUGUUUUAUCCUGGCAGCAUUUCAUACAUAUGCAGGUCGCGGUAUUCGUCGGCAAAUUCGACCAUAUUUUCAAAAGAAUCAGGUAACAAUAUAUCUAUACGAAUGUCUGACAUGGUUCGGUACUCAAAUUGCUUUGAACUUCGCUGUUGUUCCAUUUGUUCUAAUGGAAGUUCGAAAAGUGUGGUAUUUUUAUCAAACGUGGUAUUUCAUUGUGCCGAUCGCUUCCAUUGUUUUGGCAUUGACAUUAAACGGUGCAAGUUCAAAAUCCAAAGACAAGAAAAAAGCCCAGUAA